AUGGGCAGUAUUUCGCUUUUGAUCUUUAUUUUGGCGAGUUGUUCGUUUUUAUUGGCUCUUUCACGGAAAGACGGCGUUUGGACGAAAAUCCAUAGAGAUCCCCAGGUUGCGCCGUUCAUUGGCUGUUUUGUCAUGGGAUACACUGCCUUGAUGAUGUUUCUUCAUUCUAUAACACGAGGAUCGUGGAUCUGGGCGCUCUGGGGCCUCUGGUGGGUUGCCACGGCGUUGCUGGUGUAUUCUGCGUUCUUGACGGUGUUUUUGGCGCUUUUGGCGAAACAUCGUCACUUGGACCGUCUGGUUGAUUAUAAAGAUAUCUCAUUUACGUACCUUUUGCCUGUGGUUACGCUUACUGUGGCGGCGCUGAUGGGCGGGAACGUUGCUGAAGACUUGCCGAACGUCCAGGUGAAGGUGAUAACCGCCGUGGUGCUGUUUUUGAUGUGGUCAGUGGCAGUUUUCUUUGCUUCCAUUAUCACUACGGUGGUUUAUUGGCGUUUGUUUACUCAUAAGAUUCCUGCUACAGCUGCAGUGUUCACUUUGUACCUUCCCAUUGGGUUUUUGGGCCAGGGAGCAUAUGGAAUUCUUGUUUUUGGAAAGAAUUGCGUUAACAUGCUUAUGGAGAACCACGACGAAGUGAUUCUGUCGAAAUAUACCACGUUUAUCCACGAAGGAGCUGAAAAAAUCGGUGCUGAUAUUGGAAACGUUGCAACCAUGAUGGCUGUUUCAAUCAUGGUUUGUUCAACGGCUGCUGCAUUGUUUCUUAUUGCAUUUGGCUACUUUGCUACGUUUCUAGCAGUAGCUUCCACCCUUUCCAAAUCACGCCCCUUUGCCAAAAAGCCAAACCUCGAUUGUAUCAGAAACAGCAGCAAAUCGCCGGCCAUGAGGUAUUUCGACGGCAUGCUCAGGUUUAACCGUGGGUUCUGGUCCAUGACUUUCCCGCUUGGAACGAUGGCCCAGGCCAAUAUCGAGCUUUGGCGGUUAUACAACGGUUUGACGGCGUUCCGCUACAUGUCGGCAAUUUACAGCAUGACGCUUUUCUGUAUCACCAUUGGGUGUCUUUUUGGCGUUGUUAUGCGAGGAAUACAGAUGCUCACGGCGCCAAUUGAAGAUACAGAGUCGAAGGAGACCGUCUGA